AUGCCAAAGCCUUUGCUGCCAAUCUCUGGGAAACCAGCAAUAAACUGGUGGUUCGAUGAAUUGAAAAAUAAGAUCGGUGGGAAAAUUUAUCUCGUUACUAAUGCCCAUAAGUGGGCAGAUUGUAACUACAUUCCAAAGUAUAAUAUUCUCAAUAAUGGUGACACCAGCCAUGAAGAAAACCAGAGCUUUUUGUCUAACGUCGAAUUAGUUAGUCGGGUCAAAAGUUUGAACGAUAAGACAAUAAUCGUGCAAGCAGAAUUACUUUUUGACCCUGUCAGAGACGUUCACUUUACAAACAUGUUAUUUGAUGAUGAUGGAAGUGACAAGAUUAUCUUUUGUAAUAACUCAAUUUCGGGUGAAGUUCAUCAGAAAGAAUUCGUUUUGUCGAAGAAUCUUUCAGAUGAAUUGAGUGAAAAAUUCCGAGUCUGGGACGUGGACGAUUCGAGUCUGAUGGCGUGUGUUUUUGGUCAAAAUGUGUUGUCAUUAAUCGAUCAAUAUUUAUUAUCGAUGUCCAAGAGGUCAAUUGUUGUCGGAUGUAAGUUCGGUGAUGAUAUAGAACAGUUUCUAAAAUUCGUGAUUCAUCAGAAUCAUUGUGCGAAAAUAAUUAGCUUAUCCAACAUUCGCCUCUUUAAAUGGAAAGAUCCUAUUUUGGAUCUUUCCAGUUAUCUAUCAACCUUUCGAUACUCGUUGGAUCAGAUGUUAGGACAAUAUUUGAUCCAUCCCACAAAACGCCGGUCAGACCCAAUUAUCACACGUUCAUAUGCUCGCAUAGGAUUGAUGGGAAAUCCUUCGGAUGGAUUUUAUGGAAAAACCAUCUCCCUUUUAAUUUCGAAUUUUUUCGCCGAAAUUACUUUAAUCCCUAAUAAAAUCCUUGACGCACAAGAGUACUCUAGGAUCGCUUUCCUUCCUUCCCUCACAUUCACCGCAACAUCGUUUUCAAGUAUACAAUCAUUAGCAAGUAUUUUUUCAUUAGAAAGAUACUCAAAUGCCGAUAUCUUACUGCAUGCAACCUGUAAAGUAUUCUAUACACAUUGUCGCGGUCAGAACAUUUCUCUUCAUAAUCAGGGUUUCAAAAUUUUGUUGGAAACAAAUAUACCAAGGCAAGUAGGUCUUGCAGGAUCUUCUGCUAUAAUCACAGCAUUUUGGAAAGGGAUGAUGAGAUUUUAUUGCAUUGAUGACGCCAAGAUCGCGUUAUCAUUACAAGCAAAACUGAUACUGGACGUAGAAAAAGUUGAGUUGGGGAUCAAUGCAGGACUGCAAGAUCGGGUUAUCCAAACUUACGGCGGAUUGAUGUACAUGGACUUUGAGAAAGAAAUGAUGCUCAAAAACAACGGUAUUGGAAAGUACGAAAGGAUUGACGAAAAUUUGCUGCCUAAGGGAUUGUGGAUUGCCUAUGAUAUCAAUCCCAGUGACUCGGGCAAAAUUCAUAGCGAUGUAAGAAAAAGAUACGAAUCAGGAAAUCAGAAGGUGAUUCACGCGAUGGAAAAGUUUGCGUCGCUAGCAGAAAGGGCGCGACAGCUAUUGUUGGAUUCUUCCCAUAAUUCAUUCUUAAAGCGCAAGCAAUUGGCAUCAUUGAUGACCGAAAAUUUCAACUUAAGGAAAGAAAUAUAUGAUAAAGCAAUUGAUGCAAAAAGCCUUAGGAUGAUCGAGUUAGCAAACAUGCAUGGAUUUGCCGCCAAAUUCACCGGAUCCGGAGGCGCAAUUGUCGGAUUAUGGAAUGGUGAUGGUGAUGACGGAAAUGUUGUUACCAAAGAUUCUGAUGGUUCUCAUUUUAAACAUUGGAGUGAAAAAGAUGAAGCUUAUAAUGGUAAGAGGGAGAUGAUGCAGAUAGAAUUAUUAAAAAGAGAUCUUCAAAAAGAAGGCUUUGUGUUUUGCGAGGUUAAAUUAUUAAAUGAGAAAUUUGAUGAGGAUAAUUAG